GAGAUUGUAAGCUAAGGAAAAGGGGGAGAAGAUAGGAUUGAGGAGGUUGGCGAUUUCUCUACCUGGAAUCCCUCUGUGGUUAGGGUUUAUCCAGAAACGUUCCCCGUUGGGUUUCUCCUAAAUAUAGCCCCCGGUCUCCUCCCUCUAUCUGAGCUCCUUCUUAAUCUGGGCUUUCUGUAGGUGAAAAAUAGACUGCUUUACUUUGUUCUAGGAGGAAUCGGUGAUGCUAUCUGGCGGAGACUAGGUUUGCUAUCUUUCAGGUUUUUGAUCGGUGCAUCUGUUUCGUCCAGGAAAGAUUACUUUUCGAUGGAUUUCUCCUAGUGUCUCUCUGGCUUCAAACUAGUUGCUUCAUAGAGCUUUCUUACACUGGCCGCUAUAGGAAAGUCAUACCCUUCUCGCACCUCUAAUUGGGUGUGGGGUUCUGCAUUGAAUUCAUUGCUGGAAUCAAAGACGUCGGGUAUUUGGAGACUGUGCCGUGUCCUUGAAGGUCUUUCUCUUGAUUACGGCUAAUGUCAGCAUGGGCUAAGACUCAUAUUGGAUGGUAGACUAGUUCCCUCCUAUCAGUUAGUCAUUUAUAGAUACUUGGGUAUGCAAUCUUGGUUUUCCUGUGAUAUCUGGGUGGAAUAAUCGCUUCAGUGACAUGUUGGAUAUCAUCACUUUUCUCAAGUAGUGUGAAAAUCUUUGCUUCUUUGAUAACUGAAAUUGCAGGUUUUUCCUGUUUCUUGACUCCUCACAAGCAUAAAUCAAAGAAUGUUCAACAAGCUGGUGGAACAAUGAAGUUCAAUCAUCUGGUAGAGUCUGAAGAUCAAGAAAUAAAGCUUGCAGUGGUGCCUAGAAGUUCCAAUGUCAAGACAGAUGAAGAUAAUAGUUUAGAAUCCCAAACCAAUCAAGUAACAGACCAAUCUUUACAGGAAGGUUGUUCUGAGAGCAGUCAGGAUAUUCAUCUCUGGGAAGAUUUUGUUCAGAUGGCAAAGCUUAGAAAAAAUAAAUCUCUUGGAAAUAUAUUGGACAAAGAAAGAAGUGGCUCCUAUGGAAAUAUCAUCGAGGAAAAUGAACUAAGUCAGGGAUUUUCCAGUACCUGCCAAUUAGACAUGAAUACAUUGGACAACAUUGAUGGUAUUAGUCUAUAUGAAGAUCACAUGGACCAUGGAAGUAAGUCGCAAAACCAGAAUCACAAAAAUAAUAUGUUUGAAUUUCAUAACGUUUCAUUGGCUGAACCAGUUCAUCGUGAAUCCCUCUUUUCCAUUGGCAUUGUCGAGUCCGAUGAAAAGCAUCAUGACAAUGAUGAUGACCAUGUUUACUCUGGACAUGCAAGAUCGUGUUUUCUAGAUAGCCAUGGAGUGCCAAAUACAACCAUCAAUGAUGAUUCUCUGAAGCUUGAUUUUAUUGGGUCUCAUUCCAUAUCUUUUGAAAAUCUGUUCUCUAUCAAUGAUGGAAGGGUUCGGUUUCUAAAUGGUGAUAGAGCAGCUGAUUCUAGGGUGUCUUUGAACCAGCACAAAGCUGCACCAGAUGCAGAAUAUAUGUCACAUGAAUCUGAUAUAGAUGACCAGGGUUCAACCUGCCAUUCAGAAUUAAGAGGGCAUCUUUCUAAUAACAGUUGCGGGUGUAAUGGUCUAUCAGAUCCAGAGAAUGAUUGUAAAUAUUUCAUUCCAAAGUCCGUUAGUGACAAUCAGUUGGUUGACAGCAAGGACUCACUUUGCAAUGCAGAUUCAUCGGUUGAUGGGAGUGAUCACAAUAGCAAUCCUGGUCAUGGAAUCGAGUUGGAACAACUUGGGAACAAUGGUGCUGUGACUUGUAAACUUAAUGAAAGUUCCAUCCAGAAUAAGGAUGAAUCAACUCCUGAAGGACAUAAUAUCGGGCGAGUUGCAGCUUGGAUCAACCAACUUGAUAUCCAAAAUUGUGACAUUGUGGAAGAACUCGGGAAAAGUUCUAAUCCUGCGCAGAAGAAGGAACAACCUAAGGUUGCUGGUAGGAUUGAAAGCAAAAAAGUUGAUGCUAGAAGUAGUAUUGGAAUGAUAGUAGCUUAUGAUUACCUUUCAACCUUGAGUCCUAUGUCUUCAACUGCACAGAUGGCAAAUCUUGGAUUGGUUACAAUUCCAAUCCUUAGUGCAUUUGUUGGUUUAAAGAUGCUAAAUUUAUCAGGCAACGCCAUAGUUCGGAUAACUUCUGGAGCAUUUCCGAAAGGUCUUCACAUGUUAAAUCUGUCGAAGAAUAAAAUAUCAGUCAUCGAAGGCCUCAGAGAACUUACACGACUCCGUGUACUUGAUCUGAGUUACAACAGAAUAAGUAGGAUUGGCCAUGGUUUGGCUUCUUGUUUGAUGCUGAAAGAGCUAUAUUUAGGUGGGAACAAGAUAAGUGAAAUAGAAGGCCUGCAUCGCCUCCUCAAAUUGAGUGUUCUUGACAUAUGCUCCAAUCGAAUAUCUAAUUCAAAAGGACUUAAGCAACUGGCAGCUAAUUAUGCUUCCCUGCAAGCAGUAAAUAUCAAGAGCAAUCCUGCUGAAAAAAAUGUCGGGAAUGAAGAGCUUAAGAAACAUCUGUCGAGUCUUCUGCCUCAUCUUGCUUAUUACAACAAGCAGGUCAUUCGAGCAAACGGUUCAAAAGAAGUCUUAGACCGUCCUCGACGAUCUUUCUCAUCCCAUCAGUUCGACCGCAGUUUCAGGUCGGAAGGUAAAGAUUCUCAUCGCGGAAUUCGUGGUACAGGCCUAAGCAAGUCAUCCUAUAGCCAUGGUAAGUCUGGCAAUGGUCUGAACACUUCAAUUAAAUCAUCCAAGAGAAGCCAUAGGCCCCUAAAAUCUCUGUGGCCCAAGCCAACCAAUGAUCUCCCAGAUGCUGGCAGGAAUAUGCUGCUAGGUCUGCAGCCUAGUAGUUUUUUACGACGAACCCAAAGCGAGGGAGCAUUCGGAGAAUCUUAUGAGUUACAAUCCUAUAGAUUAGAUCCUCUGGUUCCAGUACCUGAUAUGGAAGCCAUUUGAUACUCUCUACCAAAUAAAAAGAGUUGCACAUGAUUGAGUUUACUUGUAGCAACGAUAUCGGGCCAGUCAUUCUACUAUAUCGGGCCAGUCAUUCUGAACUGAGAUGUUAGUUUGAGUAACUGUUUAUUUCUUUUGGAAGUUUUAUUUGAUCUACUUUUAUUAGAUUGGUAGCAUUUGGCACGAUGGAUUCUUGAUUGACGAAUGUAUAGAACUCAACGCGUGGUGGAUUUGUGUCAGUGGAUUUGUGUCAACGAAUGUAUAGAACUCAAUGUAUAGAACUCAACGCGUGGUGGAUUUGUCAGUGA